AUGGAUGCGACAAAGAAAAAAGAAUUAUUUCAGAAACGCACAGAAGAAUACGAAUCAAUGGAUAAAGAAGCUAAAAGAGAUCUAUUAAAUAAAAGAAAAGAAGAAAAUCAAAGACAAAGCCACAUCUCUCGAAUCAUGUAUUAAACACUUUAAGAGGAAAAUAAGAGAAGGCUCUUAUUUCAUAUGUACUUUCUGUAAUCGAAUACUUUAUAAAAACUCAGUAAUGAGGUGCAUAAACAACAAGUACCCCGCCAAACAUUUUUCAAUGUUCAACAAUCAUUUGAUGGUAAAG